UCUCUCUCUCCUCAUCUCUGAUUAGAUAUACUGAUUCCCCAUUCAAUGGACGUCAUUUAGUGCAGUCUGCCUUGAGUUGCUUCCUCGCUUCACGCUCGAUUUCCGACCAUUCUUCUCUUAUUAAGUAUUCGUGUAAUAUUAAUAGUCAUGAAUAUCUACCAUUAGGAGUGCAGAAGAAGAGGCAGAUCUGUGCUAACAUGAGCUCAAGCGAGGGAACAGUUCACUGACAGAGCCGGGAGACGCCAAGGGGAUCUAAGAAACUUUAGAGAAAAGCAUUGCAUCUAAACAGCAGAAGAAGAAAAGUGGGAAUUUACCCAGAUUCUGAUGGAUUAUUGCUUUAUUUGAACGCUGGCCACCGCCACCUCGCCCUACAAUUAUCGUUGGCUUGAUUUAAUUUGCACGUUUGCAAUUUUCGUUUUGUUCCUCUGAAAUUCUUGUCUUUUGAAGUCCUCGGAAAUCUUCGCUGAUGUUAGUGCACAGUUUUUCCGCGAUGGAUCGCCACGACGGGACCAGCAAUGGCACAGCCCGGUUACCCCAACUGGGCAGUGUGGGCCAGUCUCCGUACACCAGCGCUCCUCCGCUCUCUCACACGCCCAAUUCAGACUUCCAGCCGCCGUACUUUCCGCCACCCUACCAGCCCAUCUACCCGCAGUCUCAGGACCCUUACUCUCACGUUAAUGACCCGUACUCCAUCAACUCUCUGCACGCCCAGCCUCAGCCACAGCACCCGGGCUGGCCCGGCCAGCGCCAGAGUCAGGAGAGCAGCCUGCUGCACCAGCACCGCGGGUUACCGCAUCAGCUGUGCAGAGAGUACCGCAGAGAAGUGCUUCUUCCCUCGGGUCACGGCAUUGAGACUGGACUCACGGAUUCAAUCCCUAUCCAUGGAAUACCUCACUCUUUAGAAGAUGUUCAGCAUGUUGAAGAUCAAGGAAUUCACAUCCCAGACCAAACUGUAAUCAAGAAAGGUCCUGUUUCCAUAUCCAAGAACAACAGCAAUGUCUCUGCUAUACCGAUAAAUAAAGACGGGCUUUUUGGAGGUGUGGUAAACCCAAACGAAGUGUUCUGUUCGGUUCCGGGUCGUCUGUCUCUUCUUAGCUCAACAUCAAAGUACAAAGUCACAGUAGCGGAGGUGCAGAGACGACUUUCUCCGCCUGAGUGCCUGAACGCAUCCCUGCUUGGGGGGGUCUUGAGGAGGGCCAAAUCUAAGAAUGGUGGAAGAUCUUUAAGAGAAAAGCUAGAUAAAAUCGGAUUAAAUCUACCAGCAGGGAGACGCAAAGCUGCCAAUGUUACUCUCUUGACGUCACUGGUGGAAGGUGAAGCGGUGCAUCUGGCCAGAGAUUUUGGUUAUGUGUGCGAGACUGAGUUUCCAGCCAAGGCGGUUGCUGAAUACGUGAACCGACAACAUUCCGACCCAAACGAACAAGUCCAAAGAAAAAACAUGUUAUUGGCAACGAAACAAAUCUGCAAAGAGUUCACGGACCUGCUCUCGCAAGACCGCUCGCCCUUGGGGAAUUCACGUCCACAGCCAAUUCUUGAGCCCGGGAUUCAGAGCUGUUUGACCCACUUCAGUCUUAUUUCUCAUGGAUUCGGGACUCCGGCCAUGUGCGCGGCCCUCACGGCUCUGCAGAACUAUUUGACGGAGGCCAUUAAAGCCAUGGACAAAAUGUACCUGAACAACAAUCCUAAUAGCCACAAUGAGACGGGGUCAAAGGGGGGUGACAAAGACGAGAAGCACAGAAAGUGAUGUCCAGCCAACACAUCCCAAUUGAUGUAUGACAAAAUGCAUAUAUAACAAACACUAGUGAUCAAGAUGAAACACUGAACGCACCACCUCCCGAUCUUGACAUUUUGAAACAAAACAAAAAUAAAAAAAUAAAAAAAUAAUAAAAAUAAAUAAAAUAAAAAUAAAAUAAUAAUAAUAAAUAAAUAAUAAAAUAAAAUAAAAUAAUAAUAAUAAUAAAACAGUUCAUUUUGGGAUUCGUGGACAAAGCAUUUCUUUAAAUCAAAAUAAAGCAGUGUGCCAAUGAAAGGAGUAUAGAUCUGCCACAACAGGACUUUUCAUGAACUCCCUUUGUAUGAGUUCAAUGGACUGAAAUUCAGCGAUUUCCCCUCAGUAUCCCCAUUUAAGAUUGUAGCCAUGUGACAACAAGAAGCUAAAGGAGGAAGAUUUUUUUUUAAUCAGUAUUGUGAAUAAACUUGAAAAAAAAAAAAAAAAAAAAAAAAAAAAUCUACAGCUCCAUGCCAUGACUUCAAGAACUGACUUUUCACUCGACCAAGCGACCAACUUGAACUUUGAAUUUCAACACGAUUCACGGUUAUAUGAGGGAAUCUGUGUUCAUGUAUGUAUAUAUUUAUUUAUGUGUAAUUUAAUGGGAAUUGUAAAUAAGGUACGUCUGUUCAAACUUCUUUUUUAUUUAUCUGGUGCCUCCUGUUUUAGUGGGUUUGAAUAUUCGCUUAGUUCUUCAUGUGGUUUUAUGGUUCUUAGAAAACAGAAGUUUGGGGUAUUCUUCUCUGGGAUAUUUCAAUUCAGCCCUCUUGUAGCAUGUUGAGGCGACACUGAAGCAAGUGAACAAAUUUAAAAGAAAUAAACAUCAAUUUCUCUAUAUAUUAUUCUUAUGCCAUUCAGUUUUAGAUCGAAAAAGGUCAUUGCAGAGACCCCGACGAUGCUAGUUUUGUGUAUCUUCUUGUUUUUAUACAAGCUUUUUAUGUGUUGUGCCAAUCACCUCUUGUUCUUCCCUCAAAGCACCACAAGAGCAAUAAAUGGAUAUUGUCUUACGAAUUCUUCUUCUUUUUCUUCCUUCCUUCAUUUUUUUUUUAAAUAAUAAAUUUAACAUUUGGGACUAUCUGAUAUCUUGUGUGUCCACUGUCUAAAUUGGAGGCGGUUUUAUCUGUAUUGUAUAAACCUGUGCUGGCAAUAGCUCCCAUGCCUGUCAAUGUAUUAUAGUUCUUUGUUGCCCAGAAAUAAAAAAAAAAAUAAUAAUAAAUAAAUAUUUGAUACGCUUCA